UCUGGUGUACUGUAUUCAUACAAAGUAGUUCCCAUCGGAAGAUCAGGUUUAAUCAGCGGAAGGACAUUGCAGUUGCAGGUCCCUCAGCUGAUGGGAAGCUGAAAGCAGAGAGAAGCUGCUGCACUGUCUGUUAACAACUACAACACUGGAAUAAAUAGAGAGUGGUAGUGUCUAGAAAGGGUAUGUCCCUUCAGGAGAGCGGCGCCUAUGUCCGACCGGCCUAAUUCCAAUCCAGGGGGGUUACUGCGACGCUCACAGAGGAACACUGCUGCAUCCAAACCACAGGGCCACUCAGUCGCGGGAAGGAGCGGCCUCUCCCUGGCCCUGGCCUCGGUGCACCUGAAGGAGGACCCCGGGGAAGGAGAGGGCUCGGAGCGGGACAAGGCCGUGCCAGCGUCCCGCAGAGGGCGCGCCCGCGGGCUCAAGCGCAUCGCCGCUCCGGAACACGGCGGCUGCCCCUCCCCCGCCGGCCCCGCCAAGAAACCCAAGGCCCCGCCCCCGAAGCCCCCGCCCCCCAGCAGCGCCGCGGCGGCCAGAGAGAGGAGAGCGCCGGCGGCCGAGCGGCCCGCCCGGAGCAGGAGGAGCGGGGCCGGCGGGGGGAAGGCUGGCGCCCGCCGAGCGGCAGAGGCCCGGUCUGCCAAAUCCGCCAAGCUGGAUUCCAAACCGGCGGCCUCAGCCAGAGCCGGGUGCAGCGCAGUGACGGACGCCUCCUCUUCCACCUCUUCCACGUCCUCCUCGUCCUCCUCCUCCUCCUCCACUUCCUCGUCCUCCUCGUCCUCUUCGGCGGCGGCGGCGGCGACGACGGCAGCCCCCCCCCCGCCGGGCGCGCGGCUCAAGCAGGGGACGGACCCCGGCAAGGCGCGCCGGUCCCGCUCGGCCUCCAGCCCCAGCCCCCGCCGCGCCGCCGUCUGGGACAGGGAGCAGGCCCGGGUCGCCGGCGGCUCCAGGUUCGAGUGGGCGCGCUUCGGCCCCAAGGUCAACCUGCCCAGGCCCAGGCUGUCCCUGCCCGGGUCCUCCAAGUUGGACGCCCCCAAACCAGGCCCCUCGGGACUGCAGGCCAAGCUAGCCAGCUUGAGGAAGUCCAGUAAGAAGCGCAACGUGUCCCCCCCAGCUGAACUCCCUCCAGUGGAGCCCCCUAGCUAUCGGAGGAGCACACGACAGAGGACCACGGGGUCCUGUGCCAGCACCAGUCGGCGAGGCUCAGGCCCGGGCAAGCGCGGGGCGGCCGACGCUUGCACGCAGGAGAAAAUGGCCGACUCGGACAACAACCUGGACGGAGCCAACUCCUCCGGCGCACGCAGCGAGGACGCGUCGCAGAGGCCUGCAGCCUCCGCUUCUGUGGCAGGUGCCGUGGGCGUGGCCACCUCCGGAGAGAGCGAGUCGGAGGACUCUGAGAUGGGCCGGCUGCAGGCUCUCCUGGAGGCCCGGGGCCUCCCUCCUCACCUGUUUGGGCCCCUGGGGCCCCGCAUGUCUCAGCUGUUCCACCGGACCAUAGGGAGCGGAGCGAGCUCUAAGGCUCAGCAGCUGCUGCAGGGCCUCCAGGCCGUGGGGGACGAGUCCCAGCAGCUGCAGGCUGUGAUAGAGAUGUGUCAGCUCCUGGUGAUGGGCAACGAGGAGACCCUGGGGGGCUUCCCUGUGAAGAGCGUGGUGCCUGCGCUGAUCACACUCCUGCAGAUGGAACAUAACUUUGACAUUAUGAACCACGCCUCUCGCGCUCUCACCUAUAUGAUGGAGGCGCUUCCUCGGUCGUCUGCGGUCGUAGUGGACGCCAUACCGGUCUUCUUAGAGAAGCUGCAGGUGAUCCAGUUCAUCGAUGUAGCGGAGCAGGCUCUCACCGCCCUGGAGAUGUUGUCACGGCGACACAGCAAAGCCAUUCUGCAGGCUGGUGGCCUGGCGGACUGUCUGCUGUAUCUGGAGUUCUUCAGCAUCAACGCGCAGCGCAACGCCCUCGCCAUCGCCGCCAACUGCUGCCAGAGCAUCACGCCCGACGAGUUCCACUUCGUGUCCGAUUCCCUGCCCCUGCUCACCCAGAGACUCACGCACCAGGAUAAGAAGUCUGUGGAAAGCACCUGCCUGUGUUUCGCCAGACUGGUGGACAAUUUCCAGCACGAAGAGAACCUGCUGCAGCAGGUGGUGUCCCGGGACCUGCUGACGAACGUGCAGCAGCUGCUGGUGGUGACCCCGCCCGUGCUGAGCUCCGGAAUGUUCAUCAUGGUGGUGCGCAUGCUGUCGCUCAUGUGCUCCAACUGCCCCUGUCUGGCCGUGCAGCUCAUGAGACAGAACAUGGCGGAGACCCUCCGCUUCCUCCUGUGUGGGGCGGCGAGCAGCCAGGAGCAGAUCGACCUUCUUCCCAGGAGCCCCCAGGAGCUCUAUGAGCUGACCUCACUCAUCUGCCAGCUGAUGCCCUGCCUGCCCAGAGAGGGCAUCUUCGCCGUGGACUCCCUGCUGAAGAAGGGCGGCGCCCAGGCCAGCGAGGGUGCCGUCUGGCAGUGGAGGGACGACCGCGGACUGUGGCACCCCUACAACCGCAUCGACAGCCGAAUUAUCGAGACAGCCCACCAGAGUGGGGAGGAGGAGCUGAGCCUGUCCCUGGGGCGGGUCUACACUAUCGACUUCAACUCUAUGCAGCAAAUCAACGAGGACACAGGAACUGCCCGAGCCAUUCAGAGAAAGCCACACCCCCUAUCCAGCACCAGCUGCAGCGGGCACGCGGAGCCGCGGCGGGAGGACGCGCGGGCGCAGCUGAUGAAGGAGGAGCCGGAGCUGACGCGCUGCUUCGUCAAGACGCUGUUCGGCGUGCUGUACGAGGCCUACAGCUCCUCCGCCGGCCCCGCCGUCCGCCACAAGUGCCUUCGCGCCGUGCUGAGGAUCGUCUACUUCUCCGACGCGCAGCUGCUCAGGGACGUGCUGAGGAACCACGCCGUGUCCAGUCACAUCGCCUCCAUGCUGUCCAGUCAGGACCUGAGGAUCGUGGUCGGGGCUCUGCAGAUGGCCGAGAUCCUCAUGCAGAAGCUCUCUGACGUUUUCGGCGUCUAUUUCAGAAGAGAAGGUGUGAUGCACCAGGUGAAGAACCUGGCCGAGUCAGAGACCUUCUUCACCAGCCCUCCCAGGGUGUGCUCCAGCGGAACCUCCGGUCUCUGCAACACAACCAUCAGCAUGGUAACCGCUACCAUGGCAACCAACGUCCCAUCUGACCUGGGCUCUCCCAGCUACCAGCACAGCAUGGAUGACUCGCUGGACCUGAGCCCACAGGGGCGGCUGAGCGACGCUCUGAAGAGGAAGCGGCUUCCUAAACGAGGCCCCAGGAGGCCCAAGUACUCUCCCCCGCGGGACGAGGACAAAAUGGACAAUCAGGCUAAGAGUCCCACCAGCACCCAGUCCCCAAAAUCCUCCUUCCUGGCAAGCCUGAACCCCAAGUCCUGGGGCAAACUGGGUGCCCAGACCAAUAACGCCAUUUCGGACCCGUCCCGCAUGGCGGGGGUGAGCGGACUGACCCGAGCCACGCCCAAGGACUCCGUCUGCAACAACAGAGAGAAGAUCCGUGCCUGGGUGCGGGAGCAGGCCUGCAGGUUUGUGGAUCGCUACCUGGGCUGUGAGCAGCUGAACGGCAGCAGCUCCGGCGGCGUCGGCGGCGGCGUCGGCUGCGGCGGCCCGGCGCUGAGCGUUCUCCAGCAGCUGUGCGCGGCCACAGCGCGGCUGGGCCUGCAGCUGGACGGCGGGCUGGAGUGCCUGCUGGAGAUCUGCGCCAUCCUGUGCCACUCGGACGCCUCGUCCUUCGAGAUCCAGCACAGCGGCCUGGUGCGCCAGCUGCUCCUGUACCUGACGUCCGACUGCGAGCGGCACGCCGUGCGCCGCCCCCUCCGGCUCCGCCGCUUCCUGCACGUCUUCUUCGGGUGCCCGGUUCCGGGCACAGAACCCCCGGGGCGGUUGGACCCCUGUGAGAGCGGGCCCCUCCUGGCGCUGGUGCACAAGAUGAACAGCUGCCUGAGCCAGAUGGAGCAGUUCCCCGUCAAAGUGCACGACUUCCCCAGCGGGAACGGCACCGGGAGCAGAGGCUCCCAGGCUCUCAAGUUUUUCAACACCCACCAGCUGAAGUGUCAGCUUCAGAGACACCCGGACUGCGCCAACGUCAAGCAGUGGAAGGGGGGAACCGUCAAGAUCGACCCCCUGGCCUUGGUACAGGCCAUCGAGAGAUACCUUGUCGUCAGAGGCUACGGCCGGAUUCGAGAGGAAGACCAGGACAGCGAGGAGGACGGCUCGGACGAUGAAAUAGACGAGUCUCUGGCUGCACAGUUCCUGAACUCGGGCAGUGUGAGGCACAGGCUGCAGUUCUACAUGGGGGAGCACAUGCUGCCGUACAGCAUGACCGUGUACCAGGCGGUCCGGCAGUUCAGCCUGCAGGCCGAGGAGGAGAGGGAGUCCACCGACGACGAGGCCAACCCGCUCGGACGCGCCGGCAUCUGGACCAAGACCCACACCAUAUGGUAUAAGCCAGUGAGGGAGGAUGAGGACGGCAGUAAGGAUGUAGUUGGAGGGAAGAGGGGCAGGGCGCAGACGGCCCCCACCAAAACCUCGCCCCGCAACGCCAAGAAGCACGACGAGCUGUGGCACGACGGCGUCUGUCCCAGCGCAGCCAAUCCCCUGGAGAUGUGCCUCCAUUCGGAGCCUCCGGAGAGCAUGACCUUCGAUGACCCGUCCCGGGACGUCACCCUGCUGCUCCGAGCCCUGCACUCCAUCAGCCGAUACUGGUUCUACCUGUACGAGAAUGCCGUGUGUAAGGAGAUCAUCCCCACCAGCGAGUUCAUCAACAGCAAGCUGACCGCCAAGGCCAACCGACAGCUGCAGGACCCUCUGGUCAUCAUGACCGGGAACAUCCCCUGCUGGCUGAUCCAGCUGGGCAAAACCUGCCCCUUCUUCUUCCCGUUCGACACGCGGCAGAUGCUGUUCUACGUGACCGCAUUCGACCGGGACCGCGCCAUGCAGCGUCUCCUGGACACCAACCCGGAGAUCAACCAAUCAGAUUCUCAGGACAGUAGGGUGGCCCCCCGAUUGGACAGGAAGAAGCGCACUAUAAACCGAGAGGAGCUGCUGAAGCAGGCCGAGUCUGUGAUGCAGGAUCUGGGCAGCUCCAGGGCCAUGCUGGAGAUCCAGUACGACAACGAGGUGGGCACGGGCCUGGGUCCCACUCUGGAGUUCUACGCCCUGGUGUCCCAGGAGCUGCAGCGGGCCGACCUGGGCCUGUGGAGGGGCGAGGAGGUCGCCCUGCCCAACCCCAAAGGAGGCCAGGAGGGGACCAGGUACAUGUUCAGCCCCAGGGGCCUGUUUGUGGUUCCCAUCGGCAGGACCACCAAACCGGCGCACAUCGCCAAGGUCAAGAUGAAGUUCCGCUUCCUGGGCAAGCUCAUCGCCAAAGCCGUCAUGGACUUCAGGCUGCUGGACCUUCCCCUGGGGCUGCCCUUCUACAAGUGGCUUCUGCGCAGCGAGGCCUUCGUCACCUCCCACGACCUGAAGGACGUGGACCCCACCGUGGCCACCUCCAUCCAGCACCUGGAGGACAUCAUCCGGCAGAAGAGGAGGCUGGAGCAGGACCGGUCGCAGACGCGGGAGACGCUGCAGCAGGCCCUGGAAGGCCUCAGUAUGAACGGCUGCUCUGUGGAGGACCUGGGUCUGGACUUCACCCUGCCGGGGUUCCCCAACAUCGAGCUGAAAAAGGGGGGCAAGGACAUCCCCGUCACCAUCCACAACCUGGAGGAGUACCUCAGGUUGGUGGUGUACUGGACGCUGAACGAGGGCGUGUCCCGGCAGUUUGAGUCGUUAAGGGAGGGGUUUGAGUCGGUCUUCCCCCUGCAUCACCUGCAGUAUUUCUACCCAGAAGAGCUGGACCAGCUCCUGUGCGGCAGCCGGACCCACAGCUGGGACGUCAAGACUCUAAUGGAGUGCUGUAGGCCCGACCACGGCUACACACACGACAGUCGGGCCGUUCGGUUCCUGUUCGAGGUCCUCAGUAGUUUCGACGCGGAGCAGCAGAGGCUGUUCCUGCAGUUCGUCACAGGCAGUCCCAGGCUUCCUGUCGGAGGGUUCCGGAGCCUGAACCCGCCACUGACCAUCGUGCGCAAGACGUUCGAGUCGACGGAGAACCCGGACGACUUCCUGCCCUCGGUCAUGACCUGCGUCAACUACCUGAAGCUGCCGGACUACUCCAGCGCGGACGCCAUGCGCCUGAAGCUGCUGCUGGCCGCGCGGGAGGGACAGCAGUCCUUCCACCUGUCCUGAUCGCAGCGGACCAGCCGCCGCCGCCUCCUCCUCCUCCUCCUCCUCCUCCUCCAGGGACCUUCAGACUGCCUGUUCCCCUGAUUCGCCACAGGGAGGCGCUGUGCACAGCCUUAGCGAAAAAUCCAUCCUGCUGAAUCCACACCUG